UCUCUCUCUCUCUCUCAUUUCAUUGAUCUAACCUCCAAAUCGUCCUUACGUAUACGUAUAACAUUCGAAAUGUGUAAUAUAUACCUAUACAUAUGAAAAUCGUCAUCUGCCAAGCCGGAGUAUCAAUCACUCCGGUGACCUCACGGCGCUUCUCUUUUUUCGAGCCUUUUUUGCUUUCGGAAUUGUUGCGCGACGUAUGCGUUUUGUGGUUGUGACGUGGGUCAGUCACCCGUAUAUACAAAAACUAGUUUCAGGAAGAGGAGCCGAAAAUCCCGCGGGAAGAAAAAAAAUUUCUUUUCAAUCUCAGCAACACACUGGUGGCAAAUUCGUCUGCUCUCUCAGCUGUGCGAAUCUCGUGGCAUUGAGUCAUCCGCGGUGAAAAAGAACAUCGUCGUGUCAGCCGCGGUAACGACUCUCUACACACAUAUACACGGCAAUUGGAACCUUUAGCGCGCAAAAAAUCAAUGCUCGUAUAUUAGUAGCAGCAGCGGCAGCUAUUAUUAUUAAUUUCGUCCCUGAACGCGAGGUAGAGAGAAUCUCUUGCGUUACCGUCGCGCGCGAUAACAAUCGCUCUUCUCGCGCGGAGCGACGAGAGAAAAACAUUCUGGCGGCCGUGAACGACGAUCAUCUCCGUUGAAAGUUCGAAUCGACCCAAAAAACACAGUAAUCGACUCCUUUCGACGAAUCCGCGAAAACACGUUAAUAGCUCUCUCGGAUCAAAGAUCGCAGAUUAGGCUUGCGCUUCGGCCCGGCUCUCGAUAUAUUAUAUACGUUAUAUCGGGAGCUCGAGAUAGCGCGCGUAUAAAGCCUAUCUGUCGUGCGUGAGCUCGACUUUCGUUCAGUCGUCGUCGCCGCCUCCUACUCGACGUACCUACUGGACACGGCACCUCCUCGUCAUCGUCGAGGCUGCUCUGCUCGUCGCCGGUCUAUAUAGAGCACGACACACAAACGAGCCGCGACAUUGGACUGCUUCGGAACACGUAUACACUCUGCACAAGAGUUGUUCCCAAGCUAAAAGAAUAAACUUUUUGGAAUAGAAAAAAAGAGUAAACGAUCGGCCAGCAUCAUGAUUGUCGAUGACAAACAAGAGAUGGACAACUUGUGGGUAACGGGUGCCGUAUCGGCGGUGAAGGCACUGUCGUACGUCUACGACCUCUUCACCUUCCCGGUCUACCUGAUCCUCCAGAGGCCAUGGGACAAGCGCAAGGCUUCUCGUCGAAUCAAGGCCAAGCCCGUGCAUAAGGACGAGCACUCGAUCCUCUACCGUAACAUCGACUCCAUCGGCCAGAUGCACGCCACACUCGUCCGCGAGAAGAUCGACACCCUCGAGAAGAUGCUCAAGUACGUCGCCAGUAUCCACGGCAACAAGCGCUGCCUUGGAACUCGACAAAUCUUCGCCGAGGAAGACGAGCUUCAGCCCAACGGCAGAGUUUUCAAAAAGUACAAAAUGGGCGAGUACAAAUGGAAGAGUUUCGUGGAGAUCGAGAAAUUGGCGACAACCGUCAGUCGCGGUAUGAAGGAGCUUGGCCUGACGGUCAAAAAGAACGUCGUGAUCUUCGCCGAGACGAGGGCCGAAUGGAUGGUUGCUGCCCACGCCUGCUUUAAGCAAAACCUCACGAUCGUCACUAUUUACUCGACCCUUGGCGAUGACGCUAUCGCCCACGGCAUCAACGAGACCGAAGUCGAUACCGUCAUCACGAGUUAUGAUCUGCUGCCCAAGUUCAAGAGGAUCCUACAAAAAGUACCUGAAGUUAAGAAUAUCGUUUUUAUGGAGGAUCAACUGAAGGAGGCCGAUGUCACUGGUUUCAAGGAGGGUGUACGUAUAAUUCCAUUCCAAGAAGUUGUCAAAGUGGGAAGUACCUCCACUGCUACGCUGACACCGCCGACCAGUGACGAUACCGCUAUUAUUAUGUACACGUCCGGUUCGACUGGUGUACCCAAGGGCGUUAUUCUUUCGCAUAAAAAUGUAAUUACUACCCUGAAGGGAUACUGUGAUGCCGUAGUUAUCGAGAACGACGAUGUCUUCUUGGGCUACCUUCCUCUCGCCCACGUUUUCGAAUUACUGUCGGAAAGUGUUUGUCUUCUGAAUGGUGUUCCCAUAGGAUAUAGUUCUUCCUUGACCAUGAUUGAUUCUAGUAGUAAAAUUCAGAAGGGUUGCAAAGGAGACGCUAGCGUUCUGCACCCAACUUGUCUGACGGCUGUGCCGCUCAUUUUGGACAGGAUCUCAAAAGGCAUUGCGGAAAAAGUGAAGAAAAGUGGACCAUUUAGACAAGCAAUCUUCAAUUUUGCAUACCAAUACAAAUUGAAAUGGACCAGGCGAGGCUACGAUACACCCAUUUUCGACAAGUUAAUUUUUGGAGCGGCAAAGCAGGUACUAGGAGGUCGUGUAAGAUUGAUUCUUACCGGUGGUGCUCCUCUUAGUCCUGAAACGCAUAUGCAAGUCAAGCUGUGCUUGUGCGUUACUGUCACUCAGGGUUAUGGAUUAACUGAAACAUGUUCCGGUGCUACUGUGAUGGAUCCUUACGAUAGGAGUUAUGGAAGAGUAGGUGCGCCUACAACAGUCUGCGAUAUUUGCUUGGAGAAUUGGGAAGAAGCUGGUUAUAGAGUAACGGAUGUUCCACACCCCAGAGGUGAAAUUAUUGUUGGUGGAGAUAAUAUUUCUGCUGGAUAUUAUAAACUUCCUGAUAAAACGAAAGAAGAUUUCUUCUUCAAAGAUGGAAAGCAAUGGUUUAGAACUGGAGAUAUUGGAGAAUUUCAUCCGGAUGGAGCUAUUAAGAUCAUUGACAGGAAGAAGGACUUGGUAAAACUUCAAUUUGGAGAAUAUGUGUCGUUAGGCAAAGUGGAAUCUGAACUGAAGACGUGCCAAUUAGUAGAAAACAUCUGUGUCUACGGAGACUCUAGUAAAAACUUUACUGUGGCUCUCGUUGUACCAAAUCAUCAUCACCUUGAAGAAUUAGCUUCGAGUAUAGGAGUAACAGCCACGUCAUUCGAAGAUUUGUGCAAUAAUUCACAAGUAGAAAAAGCUGUUCUGCAAGCGCUGGUAGAGCAUUCGAAAAAAUGCAAUCUUCAGAAAUUCGAAAUACCGGGAGCUGUGAAAUUGGUUACAGAAUCGUGGUCGCCAGAUAUGGGUCUUGUAACUGCUGCAUUUAAACUGAAAAGGAAAGCCGUACAAGAACGUUACAAGAACGAAAUAAGCCGUAUGUAUGCAUCGUGAUGUGAUUCAGAAUAACGUACAAAAAAAGCACAUAACAGAACUGAACAGGAUUUGUCUGAAAUUUUUGUUAAUGACGCUAAUCUUGCAAAAGAAUCUUAAACUGAAAUUAUGUUGCUAUUAUGAAAGAGAUCCUUGAUAUUUACGCACAAACGGAUAAAGUCUUUCAUGGUACAAUUAUGAACUUUUGACUAAAAUUAAGGAGAUUGUAAAAGGACAAAUUGAUAUCAAGCUUCCUCAGAUUUUACGAGCCGAUCCUUCAAGAAAGUAUUGAGCUCUGAUAAAAUACAAACACAUUUUUUUACACCAAAUGAAUAAAUCUAACAGAAUUGCAUGCCUACAUUUCCUGUAUCAUGUUGAAGAAAUGAGGUAUGAUUAUUUUCAAUGAAAUCUUAGCUAUAAAACAACGUAUGAAGAUCGUGUAAUGAAGAGCAAAUUACAGAUUACUUAAUUUGUAUUAUAUAUAAAUAUAUGUAUUAGACUAGCUACUACAUAUUAUAUGUAUUAUAAAGUAUCAUAAGUGGACCUAUUUUAUCAAUUGUAAACUACAAACAAAGAUCAUUAAAUACAGUUUUUAUAUUAGUUUGGAUUAUCAGAUUUUUAAUAAAUGAAAUAUCAUUGUACCAAAAAAAUAAACAAAAAUAUCGGCAUAAUGAACAAAAAUUAUUCUUGUUAAUAAGAGCUAUGUAUGUAAUGUACACUAAAUGUGAGCAACCGUUUUUAUUGUUGCAAAAUGAUGUAUAGAAUAAAAUGACUGUGUCAUUUUAGUUUUUAGAUUUUUAAAUUUUAAAUGAUUUACAGUGUAAGAGUUGAAAAUCGCGCACAUAUACAUGUAUAUUAAAAACGGUCAAGAAAAUGUUCUUGAAAAGUAUGACUGUGUAACUGUAAAUUAUAAAUUGCUUUAAUUUUAGAAAAACGUUGAAUUUUUUAAUUAUAACUUAAUAUUUUGAAUAUAAUGUUACAGAUUUGUAAAAUGGCCUACAAUUGUAAACUGGAAUGAUUGUUUAUGUGAAAUGCCUGAAAUAAACUUUUCAAAAA